AUGAAAGGAGGGCCUGUGGGAUGUCUAGAAUUAAAGUAUCAGCUCAUUCACUUGAUUUCUCUCUUCAGCAUCGGUUUAUUCGCUCUAAUUAUUCUUUUAACUUUAAUUUAUUCUCUGACAAUUUUGUGCAUUCGACGUUUUCAUUGUCAAAUCAAUAUGUUCACCCUCAAUGUGUGUUUGGCAAUUAUCGUUUGUGCACUCUAUUGGAUGACCUACUAUAUAAUGUUGGAAUUUAAUCCAUUGAAAUUGUUUUCAGUAAAUACUUGUGGCUUUCUAUCUUAUACUCAAGUGCUGUGUACUUUCCAAGUAUCGCUUGCUUUCACAGUGGUCUCGAUCCAUCGACUAUGUCUGAUCGUGUAUCCAACAAAAUUAUUUUUCAAAACGAAACAAUGGGCUACCAUUUGUGUGUUAAGUCAGUGGUGUGUUGGUGUCGCAUUUUCAUUACCGAUAUUAAUCGAUCAAUCGUCUUGUGCAACAGCCGAAUGGAAACGAAUCUACACAUUGAUUCUGGUAGUCAUUGUUCCAUCGUUGAGUCAUGUGAUUAUCAAUAGUAUCAUAGUCAAGUAUGUCCGUGCAUCAUCGCUGCGAGUUCGACCAGAAACAGGAGCAACUCAAAUCAGUAUGAUUAAUCCCACUAAUCAGAACCAAGCACGAGCACAGCAUCAGACUAAAAUCAGUCGGCGUGAUGUUCAUCUUCUUCAACAUAUGAUAUUCAUGUUUUGUAUCUUCGUUGGUGGAUGGAUGCCUAUCUAUGUGAUGACAGUUGUCAUGGCGUAUACCUAUGUCGAUCUGAUUGUCAUGCGGAUUUUAUCCAUCUCAGCUGAACUAUGUCUGUUAUGUGAUAUUGUUGAUCUGUUUGUGUAUAAUCGUGAACGUCAUCAUUUGAAUAAAAGACAAAAGCACUUUUUCGUAUUAUGUAAAUAUUCAGGCAAAAUAUAUGCAGUUUUCAAAAUGCAAUAUGCACUUAAUAAUGCCUAA